AUGUUGAAACUGUGCCACCACUCCCACUACAACACUUCUCCAUGUCUUAAAUUUGAAGUCUGCGAUCGUGUCAAUGAAACUGAUCAAGAAAUUCUUGACAUUGGCUUUUCGUUCGGGUGUGAGCAAAGCAUCAUCAUGAUGUCGUUACAUUUAUGGAGAAUUUCAAUUAUAGCAAUCACUUUGAUGAUUGAUUUUUCAUGCGAAAAGCAUCUCGGUUUUUACUUCUCAGACUUCAAUUUCACCUUCAAUCCUAAAUACAUGAAUAUUUCGGUUGAUAUGUCAAUUUAUAAGACGAACACAAAAAGGCAUCCAGUCUAUCUCGUGCCGGAAACAACAAUUGAGAUAUUCGAGGAUAUUCCAAAACUUCAUAUUGUUUUGAUUGCUAAAGAUUUGAAGACGGGGAAGAUUCUUGCUGAUCGAACGGUUGACUUUUGCGACAUCAGUAAACUGAUAAAUUCAAAUGCCGUCUUUCACUCAUUAAUGCAUCAUUUAUUGGACACUCUAAAAUUUGCUCUUAAAUGUCCAUUCAAACAAGGGAUUUACAAAGUGAAAGAACAUCACAUGCCCAAUUAUAUUGUCCCUGGGUUGAUGCAUUUACAUGAUAGAUACUUAAACAUACAGAAGAUUCGAACAAGAUUGGAUGAGCAUAUCACAACAAUCUUCGAGUCGUCUUAUGUGACUGAAGUUUGCGAGUUUGAUAACUGA